AUGGGAAAGCGUAAGCUCGACAGCAAGCAUCCCAUCACCUGCAUCGUCAGCGGUCUUUACGCUGGCGGCAAGCUCGCGGUCGCUCGAGCCCUCCUCAAGGAGCUCAGGUCUGCGACAGUGCUGGUCGGCGAUCCAGCGGCGAAGCGGGCUCUGUCAACGAAGGAGGUGAUCGAGUACAACGGGGAGACGCCGAAGCUGCCGCACGGUCUCGGCAACGUCGUCGUCCUCGCGCACGACCUGGCGCAGCCCUCGCGCAUCGCGGCGGCGACGACGAGCGGCGGCCGCGCCGCACCCAAGCUGCUGUGUGUGAUCGAUGCGAGGAGCUUCCUCGACGAGUGGGAAUCGGUUGACGCGCUGCCGGAGAAGGUGCGCGAGGCUGGCAAGAAGGACCUCCGCGCCCACCUCUCGGACAAGAAGCCGCCCUUCCACCCCGCCCGGCUGCACGAGCUGCUCAUGUGCGGCCGCCUCGACGGCGUGAUCCGCUCGCGAGGCUGCGCCUGGGUCGCCGACCGGCAGACCGAGUCGGUCACGUGGAGCCAGGUCGGCAACCAGAUGGACCUGCUGCCUGGUGAGCCGUGGCUCGCCGCCAAGCAGCUGCCCGUGUCGCAGUGGCCCGCCGACAUGCCGGGCUGGACCCGCGCCGCGCCGCACGGCGAUCGGAGGACGGAGGUCGGGAUGGUCGGGAUGGACGCGGACCCCGCGGCGGUGCGCAGGGCGCUCCGCCGCGCGCUAGUGACGAGGGCGGAGCUGGAGCAAGGCGUGUGGGGCAAGCACGAGGGUCGGUAUUGGUGGCUGCUGGGCGCAAGUGCGAUGGCGAGCGCGAACCCCGCCACGCCGCAGUAGCUUCGGCUGCCUGAAAGGCCGUGCCCGUGGUAUCUGGCAUCGGAAAAGAAGGUCCGGUCGGCUGGCACCGGGCAGCGUAGCCAGUCGAGCGGAUCGGAUAGUGGCCGACGUGACGCGUCUACAGAGCGAGAGCGCCGCAACGUGCCCAAGCACGCCGCCGAGUCCCGAGAGAGUACAGUGACAGUAGUGGGAGGUUUGUGGCCAACGGAACGCAGACAACCCCCAGGCCAAGCUCCGGCCAAGGCGAGAGCGAGAGAUAUUGCACCCGUGACCUCGAUGUACGUUAGGCGGUCGGGUUCCCUAGCCGGCCAGAUAUAUAGGUUUGGUUUUCUCGAAAUC